AUGAUGAUCUACAGUAGCUUCAGAUACUCGGCACGAGUCGGGUGUCGGCGAGCGAUGUGCCCGGCUGCUCUAACAACAGUGGGGUGCAGACAGCAGCAGCCGCCAGGCGGAAGCCGAACGUCAGCAGCUUUCAGCAACGGGCCCGCCGCGCAGCGCCGUACGCUCAGCGGCAGCGUGCGUGACAUCGGCAUGGGAUCGUCGCCAAGCUUCAUGUCAAAGCACCCAGGGUGUGGCAGCAGCAAUCACUCGAUUCACCGUGGAGUUGAAAAGGAUACGCCGCCUCCACCACCAAUAACAGCACCACCAGCAGCAACGGCAGCAGUUGCCUCCAAGGCUCCGACGCUGGCCGACAGGUGGAAGGCAGCCAGAAGCAAGGUCACCGCGGAGUACCUGAAGCACUUCAUGAAGAGGUACGGCCGCGUGGCCGCCACGUUCCACAUGUCGGUCUUUCUCGGCACCCUCGGCACCUGCUACUCCCUGAUCGACUACGGCGGCCUCGACAUCGCGGAGCUCGUCAAGGACGUGCCCAUCCUCGCGGACAACCUCCCUCCCGCCGGCGCCGGCAACCUGGCCAUAGCGUACGGGAUGACCAGCGCGAUCGGUCCCCCCCGGGCGGUGUUGACCGUGACGGUGACGCCGCGGAUAGCCAGGUUCUUGGCGGGGCGAGAGGAAGAGCGGAGAAGGGAGGAUGAGGGGGGAACGACGCCUCCUUGAAGAGGCGUUUUGUCAACCGUGCUGCUGGCGAGCUUCGGAAAGGGGUCCAUCUACUAGUGGUUUGUCCCUCUCUUCCUUUCUAUAAGUAGCGUGUUCGUUUGACGAAUGGGCACAGCACACACCGUCGUGGUGUUCGCCUGGCGUGGUAUAACGUGCUGUAGUGGUAUAAACUAUUUCCGGGUUGGCAUUUGUCGGGCUCGUUGAAGGCGUGUAUUGCAUCCGUGUACAAUAUGUGAGUGCUCCAAAGAUUGGCGUCGUGGUGAUGAAACUCGGGUGUUGCGGGCGGAGGCCUGGCGCCACGCCCUUGUGUUUUUUUUAAGUACAUUCCAAGUAUAUAUGAGAGUUAAAGUUCGGUGUUCGCCAAGAUUCGAGCUCUAGACAAUUAUAAAUGUCUCAUCAGACUUGGAGGUGGUCGUGUAGAAAACAGCUUUGCGUUUAUGAAGCCCAACCAGUUGUUCAGAACACGGUGUUCAUUUGUCGUAUUUCCACUCUUUUAACCUGUUGAACUAAAAAAGACUUGAACGGGCGAUUGUUUACGUGCGGUUGUAUCUUUUGUUUGGGCGAGACCUCGUUGUGACGUUGAUUAAUUUUGGACGAGCUCUGCUCGAUGUGAUGCCUGUUGUGGUAUUUUCUCACGUUGUGUAUUUUCGUUGUUGGUUGUCAGCGCCCACUGGUCUCUCCUUGAGCAGCUUCUACCUUCCAGUCGGUAGCCUGUGUAAAUGUUGGCGGCAGCAGUCACUGCAAAUAUGAUAAAUUUCGGGCCUCACGCCCAAUAGUGUUGUUUUCGGUAAGACUGGGUCUUCAAUUUCCCCGCUCAAGUGGACAACGGUUCUCGUCCGGGUGCAUGCAGUCAGACUAGUUCCUGGCAGAUUUCGAGACGGGGAAGCACGCCACAACCGAAGGCUAAUGCCUAAGUUCUCGCCGCAAGUUGUAGCUAUUGGUAUCUGAUCCCAGCGCUUCAGGUACGCAUGUACCGGAAGCAGCUCGAUUGUGACAGGUGACCCGAACGGCAGUAGAUCCGCGUCCGGCGUGAAUCGAGUUGGUGGGGGAGUCGAACUGAUCGGUUAUAGUCUCCCAUCUCGGAGAGUUAGCCACGCGGCUGGUGUUGCUUUGGUGCUGCUGAGCAACCGCGUGUUGGGCUAGCACAUUCCAGUCCAUUUACGCGUGCAGAACCCUACAGCCUAUCACAGUGAAGUGGAUGUUUUCUCUUGGAGCUAUGAUAACGUCGGGGGGCGGGGACACGUAGUCUGCACAGCAGUGUUUGUUGACAGGACAGGAAAGGCCCAACUGUUGAAAGCACCAAAUAUUCACGAGGCGGUGAUUUUUUUAG